AUGCGCAGGCUUGGGGUAGAGCCUGAGGUAAUGAACGACUAUAUAGAGGGCUUCCGAUGGGCUGCACCCCCUCAUGCUGGAGCCGGUAUUGGCCUCGAGAGGCUCACAUUUCUCUUCCUUGACCUUGGCAAUAUCCGUCUCGCAUCACUCUUUCCAAGAGAUCCAAAAUCCCUUCCCAGGCAUCUAGGAGGGCCCAUUCUACGGCACCCAGAAGCGAGAACUACCAAUCCGCCAUGGGCCGACAAGACAAACCGGAACCAAGAAGUCAUCCCCAAAGACUACCAGCCUCUCGAGAAGCUCAUUGCAAAUUAUGGCGAUGCGGCAAAUACGUCCUGGCUAGAUGAACGCUACGAGCACUGGCGACAUCCUUCCACAGGCGCGGUUCAAGGUUUUGUCCCGUAUCAUGGGUUUGCAAUCACCAUUGGAGAUCCUCUAUGCGCUAAACCACAGUAUCCUGAGGUUGUUUCUGCAUACCUCAACUAUAUUAAGACAGAUUGGGGAGAUCUCAAUCCGUUAUGGCUUAUGGCGGGCCCAGCGAUAGAGGAGUUCCUUGGUGAUAAAUGCAAUUGGCGCACCCUGAGCCCAGUCGCAGAGAACAGGGUUGAUCCACACAACAACGUUGCCUCUAAAUACCAUGAUAUCGCCAGAAAGCUACGCCAUGCCGAGCGCGAAAGGGUAAACAACUUCGAGUGGCCCAGGACCAGGCCUGUCCCAAUGCUGUGCACAUCAGGCUCUUGGCCGCCACGGCAAAAAUGUCCAGGAAUUCCAUAG